UCUAUUAAAUUAGGUAAUACAAGACAUAAAAGAGCUUAGUAAAUCUAUAAAUACUGAAACUGAAACAAAAGAUGUGCAUCUCUUAAUGGCUGAAGCAAUGAAAGAAUGUUCUCAGGCUAAAAUUUCAGAUAAGAAAAAUGGUAAGAAAAAUCAAAAACCGAAUGUGCAGGAAUCUGAUCUUUAUUGUACUGAUGAUGAGUUUUGUAUUCUUGAAGAUGAUCCUGGGGUAGGACUCAUGCCAAAAAAUGGAGAACCUCAAAUUAGAAUGCUAACAGAUGAGCCCAUUAAAAUAGUUGAUAACCAUUUUGCUAUUCCUCCUGGAAAAUUGGAUGUUUUGAAAGCACCUAAACAUUUUCCUAAACCUUUGGUACUUUUUGCUUUGCGAGAAAUGUCAUUAGUUUGGCAUUUAUAUGGAGGCAGUGAUUUCAAAAGCAGCCCUGGUAAGAAGAAAAGAAAGGCUAAGAAAGUGUCUCAUAGUGUGGAUAAUGGAGUAACAUUUUCUGAUGAAAAAAGUAUUGAUGUAGAUACUUAUAAAACCUCUGUGUCAUUUUGCAAAGUAACGCCUUUAACUAAAACUUUUGAUGCAAAUGCAGUUCAUUUUUCGAUGGAACAUGUGACAAUUGAUGAAAAUAAAAACAGUAGCUUAGAAACUUGGCUUUGUAAAGGUGGUCUUGAGCGGAAUCAUAAUGUUUUGAUGGAAUUGCAUUUAAAUAAGGUGCAAUUUCAGCGUGAAAUUUAUCCCCUUGACAACGAAUAUGCUUCACGUUAUAUAUUGCUGAUACAUGAUAUUGAAAUCAGAGAUCGAUUAGCUUCUUCCCAGAUAAAUAAAUUCCUUUAUCAAUAUUCAAAUAAAACAAUGCCACGACAAUCUCAUUCCAAUAUGAUUGAUAUUAAAGCUGUAUAUACAAGACCAGAUCCAAAGCGAUCAUCUGCAUCAUACAGUAAUUCUGAUGUAGAGUGUUCUUUGAAAGUGUCUUGUAAUCCAUUACGAUUAAAUGUAGAUCAGGAUGCACUGAUGUUUCUAAUAGAGUUCUUCCAGGAAGUAUUAGAAAUUUUUCCAGAAGACAGUUCUGAAGGUGAAUCAGAAAGUGGAGCAGUAAAUGUAUCUGUGAAAACUUCUAACACAUGCACUAAUCAAGUUUCAAAUUUAUCUGCUGGAAAUCAAAAUAUAAAGACUUCUGAAACCUUUUAUAGGUUUUUCUCUUUUUCUCCUGAAGUUUUAAUUCGUAUUGAUUAUCAAGGAAAACGUGUUGUUAUGGAACAGGGUGCUUUGCGGGGCCUUUUAAUGGGGCUUGGACAGUUAAAUUCUUCAGAAAUAAAAUUAAAAAGUAUUUGUUAUCGUCAUGGACUUUUAGGCCUUCACAAAAUAUUAUCAUUUGCAACAAAUGAGUGGCAACAAGAUAUAAUAAAAAAUCAACUUCCUAGUCUUUUAGGAGGAGUAGGACCAAUGCAUUCCUUUGUGCAAUUAUUUCAAGGUAUCAAAGACUUGUUUUAUUUGCCUGUGAUGCAAUACAGACGUGAUGGGCAGAUUGUAAGGGGUCUACAAUAUGGAGCAUCUUCUUUUUCCACUUCUACUGCAAUGGCCUUUCUGGAUCUUACAAGUCGGCUAGUUGGUGCAAUUCAAGGCUGUGCAGAAAUAGCAUAUGAUAUGGUUUCUCCUGGACCUAGUGUUGCAUAUAAAUACUUGACAUCAAAAGAAUCUUGCAGACAUGGUAAUCAGCCAGCUGAUAUCAGAGAAGGAGUUGCUACAGCAUAUCAUGUAGUUAAGGAGGGUCUAGGUGAUACUGCACGAACUAUAUAUCAUGUAGCAGCUACUGAGCAUGAACAUAAAGGUGUCCCAGGAGCUGUAGGUGGUGUCCUAAGACAAAUACCGCCAUCUUUAUUUACACCUGUAAUACUUGCAGGUAAAGCUACUAGAUCUGUUCUGGAUGGUAUGCUGCAUCAGCUCGUGCCAGAUGCACAUCAAGAAGACAUUCACAAAUGGCGGACAAAGAAAAGUUAAUAAAUUUUCUCCAUGUAGUAUUGAAAAAUAUAAUUUUAAGAUACAUAUUUAUGAACAUGUGUAGGAAUAACUGAACAAUGUGGAUAUAUCUGAUGUGAAUAAUCUGUGUCUGUGAAAUAUACUUAGCAUCAAAUGUGAUUUAAAUUUUUUCCAAAAGUAUAAUAUAUUUCAGAAUUUUAAAUCAGUGUUAUAUGGCAGAAAGCUUGCAGAGCAUGCAGUAUUUUGUUGUGGCUUUAGUGUAAUAGAUGUGUUCUGUUAUGCAAGGCAAACAAUGUAUAUUAAUUGAAGCAAUGUUAUGUUACAAAACUGGCAAUAUGUAAUAGUUUGAGCACUCCAGAUUGUGUGAACAUGAAUAAAUAUAUUUUUUUUAAUUGAAA